AUGAUCCAGGUAACUCCGAGGGAGUUCCUCAUCGAAAAAGCCGAUAGCCUUGACGAGGGGAGCAAGGAUACACUGGCUACCCAUCCGUCCCUCGGGCUGGGAACCACAGCCGGCAGCUUGUCACUCAUGGGUUCCAAGCCUCGGAAAAACAGCAGAGUUGUUGAAAUGCUGCUCGCUUCGGGUGCCGUCAUUCUGGGCAAAGCAAACCUCAGCGAAUUCUCCAACUCUCGUGGUUCAAUGAUGCCGAGCGGUUGGUCUGCAGUCGGCGGACAAACGCAAUCCGCGUAUGUUCGCGGGGGCUUGGACCCAAAUGACACUAAGGAUGGGCACAGCUCCUUCUGGAUCGUCUUCUGGUUCAGCACUGGAAGGGCUGCCUUAUACACCAUCAAGCCCUCCAUUGGCCUGGUGCCGCAGGCUGGUAUAGUGCCCAUGUCGAGCCACUUUGAUUCGGCGGGUCCCAUGACAAAAUCGGUUUACGAUCUGGCGAUUCUCCUGGACGCGAUAUCCGAAAAAGACCCCACGUGGAUGUUCCCGGUCAGCUCCAUCAAGCCCGUGCCGAUGGCUUCUGAACAAAUAUGCGAGGACAUCACCAACGCACACGAGGUUGUCAAAGGCAAGGCGAAGAGCUUCGCUGCGAACGUACCGCUCCCCAGCAUCGAGGGCUUCAAAUUGAACGGCACAUACAGUGAUGUGGUGGCUGCGAGAGCCGACCUGAAGAAGGAGCUCAACGCCUACCUACAAGACCUCGAGGAGAGCCAAGUUCGGACCCUGCAAGACAUCAUUGACUUCAACACAGAGCACGCCACCGAGGAGCUUCCAACGCAUCACCCGAGGCAAGACGAGUUCUUGAAAGCGCAAGAGCAACAGACUUCACCAAAGGAUUACGAAGAACACUUAGCACAUCUGCGCCGUGCUGCUACUAUUGACGGUAUUGACCAUAUCCUCGAUGAAUACGGUCUCGAUGUCAUAAUUGGCCCUGCUGAUUCAUUCAUUACCAGCUUCGCCACGGGUUCUGGGUAUCCCAUCGCAGCCAUGCCACUAUCAUAUCUGCGUUUCAAUGGUCGACCUCUGGGCGUGGCUGCUAUUGCGCGGAAGAACCAAGAAGCUCUACUGGUCAAGAAUGGCCACCAGCAGAAGAUCAUGAGCUAUCUUAUGGGUCUGCCAUGUAUGUUCCAUCCACGCAGCGCCAGCAGCAAGUUCGGAUUGCCCAGUGGUAAUUUUGACUAG